UACGCAGAGUCUUAUAUAUGAGCUUAUGCUAAUUCAAAUUAUAUAUACGCCAGAGUCGCUCGUCUUUGUUAACCCACUGGAGUCUAGAACUCCCUCUCCUCAAGGACUUCACAUCUCUGUCUCUCUGUUUCUCUGUCUCUCUCUCAUAGAAAGAUGAGAAGGAACUUUAGUGUAAGAAGUCCUGCAUUUGCCCUUCUCAUUGCUUUGCUAGCCUGGUCAUUGAACUAUGGUACUUGCAUUGCUAGAGAAGGGAAGCUCAGCUGGAAUGGUAGUGGUCGUGUGAGUCGUGUGUCAAGGUUGAUGAAAGAGGGUCGCACGAUGCAAGCAGAGCCUACUAGGAUGGUGCUACAAACUGGUGCUAACUCUGACAACUUCAAUGUACUAGACUACGGUGCCAAGGGUGAUGGAAAUACAGACGACACAAAGGCAUUUGAAGCUGCGUGGGCAGAUGCUUGUCAGGUGGAGGCAUCAACAAUGGUGGUUCCGUCAGGCUCUGUGUUCCUACUCAACCCCAUCUCUUUCUCAGGCUCUAAUUGUAAAUCAAACAUUGUAUUUCAGUUGGAUGGUAAGAUCAUUGCUACUACAAGCUCUGACGCUUGGGGAUCUGGUACCCUACAAUGGCUUGAAUUCACAAAGCUCCAAGGGAUUACAGUCAGAGGUAAAGGUGUUGUUGAUGGACAAGGCUCAGUCUGGUGGAACAACUCACCUGCAGACAAUCCAACAAACAAAUUAGAAUCAGCUGCAUCUUCAACUAGAGAAUCAAAUUAUAGCAAUUCACGGGAUUCGAUUACUAGCGAGGCCACCGGAAAGAUGCCAAGCACCAUGCCAACAGCACUCAGGUUCUAUGGGAGUUCUGAUGUUACAGUAACUGGGAUAAUGAUUCAAAACAGCCCUAAAACUCACCUCAAAUUUGACACUUGCACGACUGUUCAGGUUUUUGAUAUGAGAGUUUCAUCCCCCGGUGACAGUCCCAAUACAGAUGGAAUCCACCUACAGAACUCCCAAGAUGUUGUGAUCCACAGCACUAGUCUUGCUUGCGGAGAUGACUGUGUCUCCAUCCAGACUGGGUGCUCGGGUGUAUACAUACACAAUGUGAAUUGCGGCCCCGGACAUGGAAUCAGUAUUGGGGGGCUAGGAAGAGACAACACAAAAGCUUGUGUCUCAAAUGUAACAGUCAGGGACAGCACAAUGAGCAACACACUAACUGGUGUCAGGAUAAAGACAUGGCAGGGUGGCUCAGGCUCAGUGCAAGGAAUCAUGUUCUCCAACAUUCAAGUUUCAGAAGUUGAAACUCCUGUCAUGAUAGAUCAAUACUACUGUGACGGGAACAAGUGCCAGAAUGAAACAUCAGCAGUGGCUAUCUCAGGCAUAUCCUAUCAGAAUAUAAUAGGGACUUACACAGUAAAACCCGUACAUUUCGCGUGCAGCGACAGCUUGCCAUGCACGGGAAUAACUUUAAGUACUAUACAGCUCAAAGCAAUACAAUUAGAAAACAACAAUUUGAAUGAACCGUUCUGUUGGCAGACAUAUGGAGUGUCAAAAACUACCACCACUCCUCCAAUUGACUGCUUGAAGAUGGGCAAGCCAUCUACCAACCGAGUUCAGUCCAAUGCAGACUCCUGCUGAGCAGAUAGACAUAAGGGAUUACAGGUUUCCUGGGGCCUAGUUUACUGCAUACACGUAUACUACAAAUCUACCAUAAGUGACACCAGUCUAGAGGAAAUUUUUGUUGCCAGGUUCCUCCUUCCCAGAGUAGAGAGGUUCUUGUCACAAACAGAAUGCAAGACUUUUCAAUCCUAGAGUUCUAGAGCAUAUUUUGAGAGAAAAGUUUUGUUUGUAAAUUGUAACGUUCAAUUAUCAGUUAUAUAAUACAUGAGCAGUUUAGCUA